GAGAACUACGUCUCCCAAAAUGCUUUGCCCGUUGAUGGCGCUUUCGUCAUCGAACGCGACAAAAUCUGUUGCUAAACAAACCCAGCACAGAAAUCUGAAUUUGAACAUGGAGGUGGAGAAGCCAAAAGAAGAGGAGCAAAAGGGGGGUUGCGCUGAAAACCAGCAAACAUCGACGGAUGCCUGUCAGUCAAAGAGGCCCAACCAGGCUCUGUACGUCCCCAAGCAGCGACGCCAGGACGCUAAAGACAAAACUCCCACUCAGGGAAAGGACAAACCAAGACCCAAACCGCGAUAUACAGACAAGGCUCGAAAGAACGCCAAGAACAGGAAGGACAAGGCCAACACCGCGGCAGCUGCAGGAGGCGCAGACGCUCAGAGCUGUGACGUGCAGGAGGAGAGGCUGCAGGACGAGCAGGUGAUGGUUAAUGGGCAGGAAGAGGCUGAAGCUUCAUCACAGCAGGAUCCGGCAUCCCCCCAAGAUGAGAAGGAGGACAGCUGGGAAACUUUGUUCAAUGAUGAAGGAGACUGUUUGGACCCACAUCUCCUGGAAGAGCUGGCUCUGAGCGAGGGCAGAAAGAAGAAGUCGAAACAGGAACCUAGAUUUGACUACUACAAUAUGGACGUGGACGACGAAGACGAGAUUGAUCUCACAGAGGACGAACUGUCCCACAUUGUGGAAAUCUACGACUUCCCCGCAGAGUUUAAGACGGAAGACCUCCUCAGGUUAUUUCAGUGCUACCAACAGAGAGGAUUCGACAUCAAGUGGAUUGAUGACUCGCAUGCCCUGGGUCUCUUCUCCAGCCCCAUAGCAGCCCGAGAAGCUCUCAGAACCAAACACCCUCUGAUGAAGUUAAGACCACUUUCCAAAUCCUCCAACGCCACCAAGGCUAAAGCCCGCAGCUGCUCAGACUACCUCCUGCCUGCUAAAGAGCGACCUCAGACGAGCGCGGCGCUGGCUCGGAAGCUUGUGAUCGGAGCACUUGGUGUGAAAAGCAACUUAACAAAGGAGCAGCGAGAGGCAGAGAAGAAAAAACUCCAGCAGGCAAAAGAAGAAAAGCGUCUGGCAGCAAAACAAAGAGAAGAUGCUUGGGAGGGAAAGUGAAUGGACGCAACAAUUUUUAUUUUUAUUUUUUUUGUUAUUUUGUUGAAAAUUACUUGAACUUCAAGUCUGGUUUUCUGUCAACCAGCCACGAUUGGGGCAAACAUCUGGACUCGCAUGCGUCUUUAUUAAAGCACCGAGACUGGAUGUGAAAUUAUUUGAUCCAAAGCUUUUAUGUUUGGCUUUAUGUUGUUUUAAAAGAGGUUAAUUGUUGCUUUGAUGAAGACAUUGUUGAAUUUGAUGCUAGCUAAGUGAGUAAAGUACACAUUUUUACUCUAAAUUGCUACUGUUCCUCAGUAAUAGCUGACAUUUUUAAACUCAUACCGGCCUCAGACCAACCACUGCCAACCACAAGCGUUACUUUCAAGACUUUCAGCGAGGAUAUCAUGUGUCGUGCGUCUUUUUUUGUUGUUUUUUUUUUGUUGUUCAAGUCUUGUCCUGUUUGCUAAAGCCCAGCUUACUGUUGAAAUCCGUUUGUUGAUUUUAUUUCAAAUGAUAAACAUCGUGUUCAGUUUGCGUAGAUUGUUCAUGUGUAAAGAUCAGAUUGAGGAUGUAAGAGACUUAACGACCUCAUCUCCAUGGUUUUGUAAGAUUGAAUGAAUGAUUUUUUUUUCAUUUAUUUAUUUUUUUUGCAUUUUUAGUCUUAUACAAAAGUGUUUCAGUAGUUUGAGUUGUGGCCUAAACAAGUAAAAAUAAAGCACAAUCCCAGCUCAAGUUUUUUUUUUUUUUUUUCUGUCUGAUGAAAUUAAUGUGACGCAGAAAAAGUGGAAAGUGUGACAAGUAGCCUUAAUUCUGGCACAUUCAUAGAAAAUGUUAAUUGAUGUACAUUGUCCCUAUCAAAUACAUUAAAUUAAAGUGAAAAAAGUUGCUUUUCAAAGUUUUUUUUCCACAAGUAAAAAAACUAAUGAGUGCGGUGUUUGAUCAGUUUAAUGAGUCUAUAUUUUGAAGAACCUCAAUUUUUCGUAAUUAUAGCAGCAAAUGUUGUCUGUCUCUACCAGCCUUGCCCUUGGAUUAAAAAUUUUUAAGCACC